AUGCUCGGUUUCCAGCUCGACAUAAAGAAGAAGUAUGAGCUGUGGUGUCUCGUUGGUCCAGAACCGCUGAGGUUUUCACUGAUAGAUUUUGAAAAGCUCACUGGUCUAAACUGUGAGUACAUCGAGGACUUUGAGAGUCCGUACUGUCCUGUUACGCCGGAGAUGUCUGCUUUCUGGGCGAAGUUGGGAGUUAAUAUCAAUGAUGGGCCAUCUACUGACCAGAUAAUAUCAGCACUCAAGAGAUGCAAAGAGUGGUCUCGGGAUGAUCGCAAGCGGCUCGCGUACCUUGCCAUCUUCGCUGGAUACAUUGAAGGGAAAAAGGUCACAACCUCUACACGGGCUAGUUGUUACACGAUUGAUGGGUUUGUACAAGCUUUCCAGUCAUGGGUGUACACAGCUCUGCCGGAACUUGGUGCUGGUUAUGGUAAUCCCGUAGGAGGCGAACCGGCUGUACCGUUACUGGCUUACUCGGGUGGCAAAGGACGCAGAUGGUUUCAACAGGCUAUCUGCAGUCAGGAAGAUGAAGAACGUCCAAGACAUCGGAAGAAAGCUGAAGAACGUCCAAGACGUCGGAAGAAAGCUGAAGAAUGUCCAACUCCAAGACCUCAGAAGAAAGCCCGUUUAGAGGCAACUGCAGAGGCUAGUGAAGAGGCUAGUGAACGUGAAGAGGGUCGUGAACGUGAAGAGGCUCGUUUACGUGAAGAAGGUCGUGAAGAGGCUCGUGAACGUGAAGAGGGUCGUUCCGAUGUUUGUACAGAGGUGAUUGGGAUGACCAAAGAGGAAUUGGGCAGAAAUUUCAAGGACCUAGCUGAUGCCUUGAGGCAAGGGUUUGGGACGUGCCUUGCGGAGAUCAAGCAUCUGUCGGAUAGGAUUGGUGUUGUGGAAAAGAAGUUUGGUAUCACACCUGCUCCGUCUAAACAGACGCAAGAACCAGGGAGUGAAAGAGAAAGUGUUAAUGGGGCGAAAGAGAAAUCCGGAAAGAAGAGAAAGGAGAGAAAGGAGGAUCCAAAGGAGGAUCCUAAGAAGAGAAUGGAGAGGAAGGAGGAUCCAAAGGAGGAUCCUAAGAAGAGAAUGGAGAGGAAGGAAGAUCCAAAGGAGGAUCCUAAGAAGAGAAAUGAGGAUCAAAAGGAGGAUCCUAAGGAGGAUCAAAAGGAGGAUCCUAAGGAGGAUGCUAGUGAGGUUGCUAAGGACGAUCCUGAGGAGGAUGCCAGUGAGGUUGGUAAUGAGGGUGCUAGUUUCUCGAAAGUGCCGAGUCUAGUGGUUGCCGAAGAAGUCGAAGAACCGAGCGUUCUUCUAUUGGAUAAAGAAAAUUCUACUCUUUCAGAUAAAGUAAAGGAGAGAGCUAGAUAUGAGUCAAAGAGGGAUGCUGCUCAUUUGGAACUUCAGCGGGAUGCUGCUUUGGCAGUUCAGCGUGGAAGGAGUGAGCGAACAAGGAAACUUGCUCCCACACAGUCGUCUCUUUAUAAGGAGAACAGCACGGCCAAAAUGAUCAUUCCAAACUCAAACAAGUCUGCCUUUACACCUUUUCACCCACUCGACAAGGCUACACAGAAGUUGCUCAUUGAUCACUGCAAAACUUGUCCAUAA